AUGGUGCCCCCAGGAAAGAAGCCAGCUGGAGAAGCCUCCAACUCCAACAAGAAAUGCAAACGUUACUUCAAUGAGCACUGGAAGAAGGAGUUUCCUUGGCUGGAUUUUGACUAUGAGCGGAAGCUGAUGUUCUGCCUGGAGUGCCGCCAGGCCCUGGUCCGGAACAAGCACGGCAAAGCAGAGAAUGCCUUCACCGUGGGCACCGACAACUUCCAGCGCCACGCCUUGCUGCGCCACGUCACCUCGGGAGCCCACCGCCAGGCCCUGGCUGCCAACCAGGGUCAGCCCAGCUUUGAGGGCCCUGCCGAGGAAGAAGGGGCCUACUCCAGUUUGGCUACCACCCCCACCUCCAGGAGCAUCAAGGCGGAAGUAGAUCCGGCCAAAGUGGCUGUGCUGACAACCGUGUACUGCAUGGCCAAAGAGGAUGUGCCCAGUGACCGCUGCUCAGCUCUGCUGGAGCUGCAGAGGUUCAACCUGUGCCAAGCACUGCUGGGUACCGAGCACGGCGAUUAUUACAGCCCCAAGAGGGUGAGGAACAUGCAGGUGGCCAUUGCCAGUGUCUUACACACAGAGGCCUGCCAGCGCCUGAAAGCAUCCCCGUAUGUGGGGCUGGUGUUAGAUGAGGCCAGGGACUGGCCUGAAACCCGCAGUCUGACCCUGUUUGCCACUUCAGUGUCCCCAUGUGAUGGCCAGCCUGCUACCACCUUCCUGGGCAGUGUGGACCUACAGGAGGGCGAGGCUACUGCCGGACAACUCCUGGACGUCCUACAAGCCUUUGGUGUGUCUGCCUCCAAGCUGGCUUGGCUCAGCUCCAGCCUCCCCAAUGACCGCCUGGAAAGCAUCAGCCUGCAGCUCCGGGCCAUCUGUCCGCUGCUCACAGAGCUUCACUGUCUUCCUGGCCGGACAGACCCAGAGCCCCCUGCCUACCUGGGUGAAUAUGAGAGCAUCCUGGAUGCCCUCUUCCGUCUGCAUGGUGGCCCCAGUUCCCAUAUGGUGCCUGAGCUCCGGGCAGCCCUGGACCUGGCGGCUGUGGACUUGGCAGGGCCCCGGCCAGUACCCUGGGCUUCCUUGUUGCCUGUCGUGGAAGCGAUAGCAGAAGCCUGGCCUUGCUUGGUGCCCACCCUAGAGGCUACUGCUCCAGCCUCACCCACAGCUGGGGUGCUGGCCUUGGCCCUGCGCCAGUUCACCUUCGUAGCCUUCACGCACUUGCUGCUGGAUGCUCUGCCCUCGGUGCAGAAACUUACCCUGGUGCUGCAGUCUGAAGAGCCAGACUUGGCCUUGCUACAGCCCCUGGUGAUGGCGGCCAUGGCUUCCAUCCAAGGUCAGCAUGGCUCAGGAGGCGCUCACCUCCAGCGCCUGCUGCAAGCAUUGGCAUCUUCUAGCCCUGGUGAGGAAGGGCAGCACUGCACCUACCACGGUGUGGAGCUGGUGGGCUACUCCACAGCUGCACUCCGGGGCUUGGAGCGGCUCCGGGGAGAUCUUCUGGACUCCAUGCAGAAGGGACUGCUGGACUCCUACCCUGGACCCUCCCUGGAUUAUGUGGCUGCCUUUGCAGCCAUCUUCGAUCCCCGCCACUACCCACAGGUGCCCGAGGAGCUGGGCAUGCAUGGCGAGGAGUCACUGAGGGCGCUGCUGCGGGGCUUUGCGCCGGCCCUGGUGCCCCCGCGUGCCCUGGGUGACUUUGCACUGUUCAAGCGUGUGGUGUCCAGCCUGGGGCGGCUCAGUCCGCGGGCCCUGUGCACCAAGCUGGCAUGCAGGCAUUCUGAGCUGCACGAGCUCUUCCCAGACUUCGCCGCCCUUGCCGCCCUGGCCUUGGCACUGCCCGUGGGGGCUGGGCUGCUGGACAAGGUGGGCCGCAGGCGUGAGCUGCGGUGGUGGGGACAGAGUGGGGCCGGGGACAAUCGGGGUGACCACAUCGUGAAGAUUGCUGUGGAUGGGCCCCCUCUGCACGAGUUUGACUUCCCGCUGGCUGUGGAGUUCUUAGAGAGUGGUUGGGAGGAGGGGCUCCUGGGGGCUCAACUCACCUGAGGGCCAUUUCCUCUUGUCCCAGCCAGCCUGGGGCCCUAGACACCCUAAGGGCUAACUCAGGUGGACUUGACGGAGCUCUACUCAUACUGACCUAUCAACUGUGCUCUGUGGUCCUCUCCUUUUCUUCCCUCCCUGUGGAGCCAUGCAGGCACCCCUGGACUGUCCAGAAAAGUGGGCAGAGGUGCCAGCAAAAAUCUGGGGAUCCUCAGCCUUUUCCAGUCUCUCAGAGUUUGCUGAGGAGAGCUUGCCCUUUCCC